UCUUUGUUGGAAGGAUUUGACAGGAGCUUUGACUUGAGUGGAGGAAACUGGACCGCGACCUGGAGCUGAACAAGUAUGAGGCCACUGCAACUCCCACUCUCAACAACUCAGCUUCCUAAACUGCUUCUCGAAUAGCGAAAGAGUGGUUUCACACAGGCUGAAUGACUAUUAGUUCCAAAAAUGCCACAUUUCUACGCUCGCCCCGGAUUGAUGAAAACGCCGGGGAACUGAUGGGAGCCACGGGCUUAAAUUAAGUCCUCAUCGGCGAAUGCCGUUUUUGACAUUCCCAACGCGACAGAGACCGUGAGACACGCGGAAGUGCCGACAUGGCUGACAGGACUGCUCCCAACUGCCACCUGAGACUGGAGUGGGUGUACGGAUACCGGGGGCACCAGUGCCGCAACAACCUCUACUACACCGCCGCCAAGGAGAUCGUCUACUUCGUGGCCGGCGUGGGAGUGGUGUACAACACCCGAGAGCACAAGCAGAAAUUCUACCUGGGCCACAACGAUGACAUCAUCAGUUUAGCUCUACAUCCUGAGCGUGUGUUGGUGGCCACGGGGCAGGUGGGCAAGGAGCCGUACAUCUGUGUGUGGGACUCCUACACUGUACAGACAGUCUCUAUCCUUAAAGACGUGCACACUCAUGGUGUUGCCUGCCUGGCGUUUGAUCUUGAAGGACAGUGCUUGGUGUCUGUGGGUUUGGACUCAAAAAACACAAUCUGCGUGUGGGACUGGAGGAGAGGGAAGGUUCUGGCAGCCGCACCGGGCCAUACAGACAGGAUAUUUGACAUAUCGUGGGAUUUGUACCAGCCGAGCAAGCUUGUAAGCUGUGGAGUCAAACACAUCAAGUUCUGGAGUUUAUGCGGUAAUGCUCUCACGCCCAAACGUGGAGUUUUCGGCAAGACCGGGGAUCUCCAAACUAUCCUCUGCCUGGCUUGUGCCAAGGAUGAGGUCACGUAUUCCGGUGCCUUGAACGGUGACAUCUAUGUGUGGAAAGGGAUCAACCUGAUGAGAACAGUGCAAGGGGCUCAUGGGUCAGGGAUUUUCAGCAUGAACGCUUGCGAAGAGGGUUUUGCCACUGGGGGACGAGAUGGUUGCGUCCGCCUGUGGGAUCUCAAUUUCAAACCAAUUACUGUCAUUGAUCUCAGGGAAACAGACCAAGGAUAUAAAGUAGCUAGAGUUGAAAAUAGCAGAGGGCUUUCUGUGCGUAGUGUUUGCUGGCGGGGAGACCACAUCCUGGUGGGCACGCAAGAUAGUGAGAUCUUCGAGGUGGUGGUCCACGACCGCAACAAGCCUUUCCUUAUCAUGCAGGGUCACUGUGAGGGCGAGCUGUGGGCGCUGGCUGUGCACCCCACCAAGCCUCUUGCUAUGACAGGCAGUGACGACCGCUCUGUCAGGAUAUGGAGCCUUAUCGACCAUGCUCUGAUAGCUCGAUGUAACAUGGAGGAGCCGAUCCGCUGUGCAGCUGUCAGCACUGAUGGUAUUCAUUUGGCCCUGGGAAUGAAGGAUGGCUCGUUCACCGUUCUCCGAGUCAGAGAUAUGACAGAAGUGGUCCACAUCAAGGACAGGAAGGAGGCUAUCCAUGAGCUGAAGUAUUCCCCUGAUGGCGCCCAUUUGGCUGUUGGCUCCAAUGACAACUCGGUGGACAUUUAUGGUGUUGUGCAGAGGUACAAGAAAGUAGGAGAGUGCAUUGGCUCCAACAGCUUCAUUACACACAUGGACUGGUCCACGGACAGCAAGUUCCUACAAUCGAACGAUGGCAGCGGCAGGAGGCUCUUCUAUAGGAUGCCAAGUGGCAAGGAGGUGACAAACAGGGAGGAGCUGAAGCUGGUGCAGUGGGCAUCAUGGACAUGUGUGCUGGGUCCUGAGGUUAAUGGAAUAUGGCCCAAAUACUCUGCUGUUAAUGAUAUUAACUCUGUGGAUGCUAACUUCAACAAUCAAGUCUUAGUAACAGCUGAUGACUACGGAUUAGUCAAACUUCUACGAUAUCCAUGUAUAAAAAAAGGUGCAAAAUGUAAAAAAUAUUUAGGUCACUCAGCCCAUAUUACCAAUGUAAGAUGGUCACAUGACUACCAGUGGGUUAUAACCAUUGGUGGAGCGGAUCACUCGGUCUUCCAGUGGAAGUUUGUUCCAGAGAGAAAGUCAAAAGAAGCGCUGCACAUUGCACCACAAGAGACCUUGGCAGACUCUAACAGUGAAGAAUCAGACUCUGAUCAGUCAGAUGUGCCUGAAAUGGACUCGGAAAUCGAGCAGGAAACGCAGCUCACGUAUAGACGACAGGUUUAUAAAGAAGACCUACCUCAGCUCAAAGAGCAGUGCAACGAGAAACAUCGAGCAAUCGCUAUGAAGAAGCGAGAGAGAGCACCUGGGAAUGGAUUGAAGUUGCACUUUAUUCAUGGCUACAGGGGCUAUGAUUGCAGAAGUAAUUUGUUCUAUACCCAGACUGGUGAAAUCGUUUACCAUGUGGCUGCUGUUGGGAUCGUGUACAACAGACAGCAGAACACCCAACGUUUCUACAUGGGCCACGAUGAUGACAUUCUCUGCUUGGCUAUCCACCCCCUCAAGGACUUUGUAGCAACAGGCCAGGUUGGCCGAGAUUCCUCCAUCCACAUAUGGGACACAGAAAUGUUAAAACCAAUGUCUGUGUUGAAGGGUUUCCACCAGCUUGGAGUGUGCACUUUGGACUUUUCAGCGGAUGGCAAGCGCCUGGCUUCUGUGGGCCUGGAUGACAAUCACACCAUUGUGCUUUGGGACUGGAGGAAAGGGGAAAAGCUCUCAGCCAUGUGUGGAAGCAAAGACAAGAUCUUUGUGGUGAAAAUAAAUCCCUACCUGCCUGACAAGCUCAUCACAGCCGGUGUAAAACAUAUGAAGUUUUGGCAUAAAGCUGGUGGUGGGCUAAUUGGACGCAAGGGGAACAUGGGAAAGACGGAGACUAUGAUGUGUGCUGUCUAUGGCUGGUCGGAGGAGAUGGUCUUCUCAGGCACGUGUACCGGUGACAUUUGCAUCUGGAGGGACAUGUUCCUGAUGAAGACUGUCAAAGCCCAUGACGGCCCCGUUUUCAGUAUGCAUGCUCUUGAAAAGGGAUUUGUGACUGGAGGGAAGGAUGGUAUAGUCGCGCUCUGGGAUGACACAUUUGAAAGAUGCCUCAAGACCUAUGCCAUCAAGAGGGCAGUCCUCGCUCCAGGCUCUAAGGGCUUGCUUUUGGAGGACAACCCUUCCAUACGUGCCAUAUCGCUAGGCCACGGCCACAUUCUUGUGGGAACUAAGAAUGGAGAGAUUUUGGAGGUUGACAAAAGUGGCCCCAUUACUCUGCUUGUCCAGGGUCACAUGGAAGGUGAAGUCUGGGGACUCGCCACCCAUCCCCAUCUCCCUCUGUGCGCCACUGUCAGUGAUGACAGAACCCUGCGCAUAUGGGACCUCUCUCCCAGUCACUGCAUGUUGGCAGUGCGCAAGCUCAGGAAAGGUGGCCGCUGCUGCUGCUUCUCCCCUGAUGGCAAAGCUUUGGCGGUCGGUCUGAAUGAUGGCAGCUUUCUCAUUGUGAAUGCAGACACCUUAGAGGACCUUGUGUCCUUCCACCACCGCAAGGACAUCAUCACAGAUAUCAAAUUCUCUCCAGGUUCUGGCAAGUACCUUGCAGUGGCAUCAGGAGACACAUUUGUGGAUAUUUACAAUGUAAUGAGCAGCAAACGGGUGGGAGUGUGCAAAGGAUGUCUCAACUCUAUCACCCACUUGGAUUGGGACAGGAGAGGGAAACUACUCCAAGUCAAUACUAGUGCCAAAGAGCAGUUUUUCUUUGAGGCGCCUCGCGGCAAGAGGCAGACCAUCCCUGCCACAGAGGUGGAGAAGGUCGACUGGAGUACGUGGACAUGUGUUCUGGGUACGUCUGUUGAGGGCAUCUGGCCUGUGAUCAGCGAGGUCACAGAGGUGACCUCUGCUUGCCUUAGUCAUGACAAGAAGGUGCUUGCCACAGGAGAUGAUCUAGGAUACAUAAAGGUCUUCAGAUAUCCUGUUAGGGGCAAGUAUGCAAAGUUCAAACGCUAUGUGGCUCACAGCACGCAUGUUACAAAUGUGCGGUGGACCCAUGAAGACAGCCUAUUGGUGACGGCUGGCGGGGGGGACACGUGCCUCAUGAUCUGGACCCAUGAACUUGAGACCCACAGGGAGCUCAGACAGUGUGACAGCGAGGAGUCGGACAUCGAGAGCGAGGAUGAUGGAGGUUAUGACAGCGAUGUGACAAAGGAGAAUGAGAUUAACUAUACCAUCAAAGCCUUAUCCACCAACAUGCGCCCCAUGACUGGUAUAAAACCCCACUUGCAACUAAAAGAGCCUUCUGUGGAUGAGAGACAAGGUGUGGUCAGGCCUCCUGUUAGCAGAGCCCUCCCACAGCCUGAGAAGCUGCAGACCAAUAAUGUCGGCAAAAAGAAGAGACCCAUUGAAGAUCUAGUGUUGGAGCUGGUGUUCGGUUACCGUGGCAAUGACUGCCGCAAUAACGUACAUUACCUGAAUGAGGGGGCAGACAUCAUUUACCACACAGCCUCAGUUGGCAUCGUGCUCAACUUGACCACCUCCUGCCAAAGUUUCUAUGUUGAACACAGUGAUGACAUUCUGUGCCUGACAAUCAAUCAACAUCCCAAAUUCCCCAACGUGGUGGCAACUGGCCAAGUAGGUGACACUGGUGACAUGUCAGCCACAUCUCCUUCUAUUCACAUCUGGGACGCCAUGACCAAGCAGACAUUAUCGGUGCUGCGCUGUUUCCACUCAGGUGGGGUGUGCUCUGUCAGCUUCAGUGCCACAGGGAAGCUCUUGCUGUCUGUGGGCCUAGACUCUGAACACACCGUCACCAUCUGGAAGUGGCAGGAAGGUGCCAAAGUGGCCAGCCACAUUGGUCACACGCAGAGGAUCUUUGUGGCCGAGUUCCGUCCAGACUCGGACACUCAUUUUGUCUCUGUGGGGAUCAAGCACGUCCGCUUCUGGACAUUAGCAGGGCGAGCUUUGCUCAGCAAGAAAGGAGUGCUGAGCUCUAUAGAAGAUGCCCGCAUGCAGACCAUGUUGUCUGUCGCCUUUGGAGCGAAUAACUUGACAUUUACAGGUACUAUAAGUGGGGAUGUAUGUGUGUGGAAAGAGCACAUUCUUGUAAGGAUAGUGGCCAAAGCCCACACAGGUCCCGUGUUCACCAUGUACACCACGCUGAGAGAUGGCCUCAUUGUCACUGGAGGCAAGGAAAGGCCGUCAAAGGAAGGAGGAGCUCUCAAGCUUUGGGAUCAGGAGUUGAAACGCUGUCGAGCCUUUCGAUUAGAAACUGGACAGGUCAUUGACUGUGUGCGUUCUGUAUGUAGAGGAAAGGGUAAAAUCCUGGUCGGAACCAGGAAUGCAGAGAUUAUUGAGGUUGGUGAGAAGAAUGCAGCAUGCAACAUUUUGGUGAACGGUCACAUGGACGGGCCAAUUUGGGGUUUGGGGACACAUCCAACCAGAGACGUGUUUCUGUCUGCUGCAGAGGAUGGGACAGUUCGACUUUGGGACAUUCCGGAGAAGAAGAUGCUGAAUAAGGUGAACUUGGGUCACCCGGCAUGUACAAUCAGCUACAGUCCUGAGGGAGACAUGGUGGCCAUUGGCAUGAAGAAUGGCGAGUUCAUCAUCCUGCUGGUUGCGUCUCUCAAAAUCUGGGGCAAGAAAAGGGACCGGCGCUCUUCAAUACAGGAUAUUAGGUUCAGUCCAAAUUCACGCUACCUGGCCGUCGGCUCCUGCGAAAGCGCCGUCGACUUCUACGACCUGACGCUCGGGCCGCAGUUAAACCGCAUCAACUGUUGCCGGGACAUCCCCAGCUUCGUCUUGCAGAUGGACUUCUCUGCGGACAGCCUGUGCAUCCAGGUGUCCACGGGUGCUUACAAGCGUCUGGUGUACGAGGUGCCGUCGGGGAAGCAGGUCACAGAGCAGUCCCACAUUGACAAGAUUACCUGGGCCACGUGGACCAGCGUUCUCGGGGAUGAGGUUGUAGGCAUCUGGUCGCGGAACACAGACAAAGCGGACGUCACUUGCGCCUGCGUGUCGCACUCAGGCCUCAAUGUGGUUACAGGCGAUGACUUUGGAAUGGUCAAGCUCUUUGAAUUUCCAUGUCCAGACAAGUUUGCAAAACAUAAGCGCUUUUUGGGCCAUUCAGCUCACUUGACAAAUAUUCGCAUCACAAACGGAGACCGCUUCGUGGUGAGUGCUGGUGGAGAUGACAGAAGCCUCUUUGUGUGGAGGUGUGUCCACACCCCCCACUGAAGGUUUGACCACACCACCUGUCGCCUCCUGGCGUGACUGUCCAAUGACGCGUGAAGGAUGCAUUAAAGGAGCAGGAGGAGGCCUGGCAGGACGUCGGCGAGGAAAAAGUGUGGCGCUAACUUACUGCCUCAAAAUUUGGUACAUGCACAUCAUGGUAUGAGUUGUGAACAAAAGUGGUGUGUAUUCAGACCUACUGGUAUCAUUAUAGGGGGAAAAAAAACAAAGUUCAUUUUAUAUGUGCAUUCCACCUACCACAACUACUGGGCAGCGGACUGGUACAGGUCCGUGGGGCAUAUGAACAAAAAAUAUUUUAAAGUUCAUCAUAGUCUAAAAGAAGUUUUAUUUAGAAAAUCAGGUGCAUCCACCUGUGCCUCUGUGCACAUGUCAAACCGCGUGUCUCGGCCACCUGAAAAAAAAUAAGGCAACAAUCUUGCAAAUGAUUUAAAAAUAAUAAUAAUAAUCUUUUGAGGGCUUCAGAACGGGUCAAAUGGUGAGUCAGAAGAAGAGCCUACAGUUUCCAGACAGCUGCAUUUACAGUGGCUAUAAAAAGUCUACACACACCUUUUCAAAUGCACACAACAGUGGCAAUACCAGGAACUGGACAUCUCUACAAAAUUUAUGAAAAAAAUAAAUAAAAAAUGUGGACAGGGAGGCUGCCAAGAGACUGACAUAAACAUUGAAGAAGCUUGCUGUUUAGUAAAUGUGAUAACAAUCUCCCAUCUUCAUAUUUCUGGGCUAUGGGUUAGGAAGGCCUUAUCUUACAAAGAAAGGGGGGGGAGGAAAGCACUUAAAAUCGAAUAUGUUAUAGUCCGAUGGAAGCAACUUGAACUUUGAACUUUUGGGCCAUAAUUCCAAAAGGUAUGUUUGAGGCAAACAACUCUGCUCAUCACCAGAAGUUAUAUAAUAUGCCAUAAUAUCACUAUAGUGGUGGCACCAUCACACUUUGGGGCUGUUUUCAUCUGUGGCCUUAGUCAAAGAAGGAAUUAUGAACAGUUUGAAAUAUCAGUCAAUGUUGGCACAAAAUCUUCAGGCUUCUGCUGGAAAGCAAAUACAAAUAAAAAUGUAGUUUGUAUUGAGCUCAUGAAAAUCCUACGAGAAGUGCUGAACUUUGUUUGGGAUUAAUCACGGGCACUUUAAAUGGUGCAAGAUGUGUGAUGCUGACUCCCAUUGAACAUGAGUUUGAAUGUGAUUCUGAACACAGCUACAUUCCCAUUUAAAAGAGGGUUUGCACACUUGUGCCACCACAUUAUCUCAGUUCUUUAUUUUUACGUCCCCUCUCUAAAAGAGUUCCUGCCCCCCCUCCCCGAGUUGUACAGUUUAGUCACAUUACUAGUGGAAAAGGUUUUUAAAAGUGCCAUAUUUUACCAAACCAAACCUUUUUUUCUAGUAUUUGGGAUGUAAUAUUGGCUCUAUGGUGCCUCACUAAACAUGAAAAAUUUAUUAAAAUCGUCCUCGCAUUCCUGAGUUCGAGACGUUUUUCUUCCGAGAGGCCUGAAAUCAGGUCAUUCAAAUUUCUCGGGCUUAUCUACGUCACUAGCGAAGAUCUUCGCCUUCUCUUUCAGCUCCUGAGCCAGCCCUGUCAACAUAAUAAACACUCAUGAUCUCACAAGUGGGUGUUCUACACGGAGGCGACCAAUCAAAGGAAAGGGGGCAGCCUUAGCCAACUAAGGGCAAAGCGGAUACAAAACUGAGUCACGCAGAAGUAGCUGUCAGAGGGCCCUUUUCUGGACACAAGUAUAACAAAACCAAGGUGUUUUUUUAAACACUUUUGCACUAGGGCCAUGUUAGAGAGUCACUCUAUGGAUGUCUAAAUAGCCAAAAUAUGGGACCUUAAAAUGAUUUAUCUUGGUCUCAUUUUUGUAUAUCACAAAAACCUGGCAUUUGAACAGGGUUGUAUCAACUUUUUAUAUUCACUGAAAGAGACAAUACAAGCAGGCCAACUUAAAAUACAGGUUUAUCGCUCCAGGUAAUUCUCACGCACCAACCCCAUUCUGCCUAACAUCUAAAUUAGGCAAUGAAGCCCUCAAAAUUGCCACAUAAGAUUCAAUUUCCAACAUCCUAUCUUAGCGAAGUGGGAUUUUCUGCAACGACGGCAACCAAAACAAAGCUACAGAGGAGACUGAGCAUAAGUAACAAACUUCAAUGAAAUUGCCGCCCAUUACCCCAAGAUGGGACCGGCUCUGUAAGAGAAACAAGUGCAGGGCUCCCACAAAUUACAACUAGUUUCAGCGUAAUGGUAGGUUUUAUAGUUUGUAUUUGUUUCAAUGUCAGUCUGUCAAAAUACUGUUGAACGCAAAACUUGUCCAUGGGGCAAAAAAAGGUUGGGGAUCGUUAAUUUAAGGGAUGCAUUACUUUUGUGGGAUGGGUAUUCCUGUCCCACAAUUGAAGACCUAUUGUUUACUGACAAUGCCAUUCAAAAAAAAACAACAUACUUGUAGCAAACUCAAUUAGCCUUAAUGUGAGUGUUAUGAGUUUCCAUUUUGGAUCACAUGGUCAUUGGUAUGUGUUUUUUUUAAACUGGUAAUUCCAAAUUGUGUGGCCUUCCUCCUGAAUGUAACAUCCACUGUUAUUGUUCUGGAUGUCAGCAUGCCAAAGCAGACUAUGCACUGUACACCCGACCCAGUCACUGUGUCACAUUGAUGGUUCAUUUCUGUGCUUGUCGUACUGGUGGUUGUUGUUGAAUGGUCAAGCUCACGCAUGACUUGUUGAUGAGUGCAGAUGUGUUUGUGUUUGUUUAUGGGUGUGCAUGGAACACGAUCCAUCGAACCCCCCCCCCCCCCCCCAGAAAAGAAAAUAGUAACUGUAACUUGAUGUUCCAAUGCACGCUGAACUAUUUCAGUCACUUUACAGUGUGCUGCUACAAUGUAUUAUUGUUACAUUUCAAUCAAUAUGAAGGGUGUAAAUUUUCAUUUUGUGUAAUUGGACAUAUUACUUAAAUGGAAUGUUAUCUGAAACAAAAGUGCAAAAUAUGUUGCUUCUUUUAAGACUAUAUAUCUAUAUAGUAUAUGAACUACUACAUAUUUUGAUUUACACCAGUGUAAAUAUCAUUUGUAGAUAUUCUUUUUGUAUAUUUUCGUGAGAUGUUUCUUAAGUCUGCUUUAAUAAUAAUAAAAAAGAACAGAGGUUCUAACUUCUGAGUGUAUGAUGUUAUGUGUGCAAAUAGAAAACUUUAUUUAACCAAAUGUGAUCAAAUUAUUGGUGCUCAAUUAUUAAAAAGAUUUCCUGACUGCU